AUGCCCUCCGCAACAACAACUACCCAACUGCGGCCCAAGACGCCUACGCGAUCCUUGCGACGGCCCUCCAACACCGCGUCUACUCCUAAUCUCAAGGCCGCCUACUCGUCCCAUUCUCGACUGGGCCUCCCGCCGCUCCCUCCGCUCCCGCGCAAAGCCUCCCUGGCUGCCCUUACGCCGAGUACCCUCGCCAGCAUCCCCGAUGUUACUGAGAGCUACGCCGUCGAGUCCGUCCUGAGCGAUCAGUCCCAGAAUAUGAUUCCUACAACCCCCAGCCGCGCCCUCGGCGCCGACGUUGCUCUUGGGGACACCGUCGAUGUCCCCGGUGGCAUGCACGGAACCGUCCGCUUUGUCGGAUCAGUCCAAGGUAAAAGGGGCACCUUUGCCGGCGUCGAGCUGAGCAUGGACUUUGCUUCGAGGGGAAAAAACAGUGGCGAUGUUGAAGGUGUGUCAUAUUUCACCACAACCGUCCCUGGCGCAGGCAUCUUCUUGCCUGUGGCCAAGGCUCUGGUGCGGCGCGAAUCGAUUCCCUCGUUCCCGUUGACGCCAACGGCCAGCUCCUUCGGUGGUCUGAGGCCCGGUACCCAAAACUCCAUCAACUACACACCUCCGACCCCCGGCCUGCCAAAGUUCAGCGCCUCCGUUGGCCCCGGCGCCCGCGCUCCGAGCCCUCAAGGGAAGCGGGCACCGCCGAGAACCUCUCUGCCCCGACCAGACUCUCCCGUACGCCGAAUGCAGAUGACCCCCGGACCCCGGCCGUCCAUGACUACUCCCGGCAAGUCACAGCCACCAAGAUAUGGCAGCCCUACGAACCGCUUUGCCCAGAGCGUGCGCGGGACGGCUGGUGAUCCGAGCAAGAAGUUGUCCAAGUUGGAACGCAAGCCAAGCAUUGGGCCGCGAAGUAUUUCUGCAUUGGGGUCGGUUUCAGGGAUGGAUGAGGAUGCCACCCCAGUAGGAGUACAGCGAACCAUGACCAAUGGCAGCAUGGGAUCCGUCUCAUCAUUCAGUAUGAAGAUUCGGCCUGCCUCCCGUGCUGCUUCCCGUGCUGCCUCUCGAGCUGGCAAUGCUGGAAACGAGGAGGAGCUUGAGCGCUUGAGAUCACAGCUCGAGGAGCGUGAACGCCAGCUCAAAGAACAAUCAUCCACCUUGUCAGAGAUGGAAAGCAGCCUAGUCGAGCUACAAGGACUUAUGGAGCACGCCGACGGACCGCCGCCACCACCCAGACGGAACAGUUUGGACAAUAAGGACACAGUGCAGCUUCGACAGUUGCUACGAGAAAAGACCGACAAGAUCGCAAUGCUCACCACAGAGUUUGAUGCGCAUCGAGCAGACUUUCGGAGUACUAUCGACACCCUCGAGUUGGCCAGCACGGAGACGGAGCGUGUGUAUGAAAAGCGAAUAGAGGAAUUGAUGGCAGAUGUUCGAGAACUCGAGUCUCGAAACGUCGACGUCGACUCGGUGGCCAGCCAAUUCAAGCAGCUGGAAGAACUCGUCCAGGAGCUAGAGGAUGGUUUAGAGGACGCUCGUCGAGGAGAGGCCGAAGCCCGCGGCGAAGUUGAGUUUUUGCGUGGCGAAGUUGAACGAACGAGAACGGAGUUGCGCCGUGAACGUGAAAAGGCGUCAUCAGGUGCUGCAGGAAACAAUGGAGAGCCCACUGUGUCAUCCAAGGAGCUGGAACAGAAGGACGAUGAGAUCAGGGGACUCAAAGCCAUCAUCCACUCCCUGAGCCGAGACUCUAUCCCUGGUGGGGAAGACAGGACACCAACGCAGCGACCCGGCUCUUUCAUCGCGGGAGAUGCAGUUGAGAUAAAGAUUGCGCGCGAUAACCUCGAGCGACAGGUUUCCGAAUUGCAAGCGAUUCUUGAGAAGAAGAACAGCCGAGAGGAGGAACUUCAGCUCGAGGUCGAGUCACUCCGCCAGGGAGGGAAUACACUCAACCACAACAGGUCCUCUCUGAGGGACUCCCGUGACACUGUCAUCCUCGCCCAAGCCUACGAGGCCCGCUCCCCCGAGGCUGCGCACAAGCGAAGAGGUAGCACCCUCGACACGAUGCCUGAGAGCGAUGUCUACUCCAACGCCACCGAGACAAGCACUCUCUGGUGUGAGAUCUGCGAGACUAAUGGCCACGACAUCCUCACUUGCACCAACAUGUUCGGUCCCGACGGUUCCAAGACUGGUGACGUGAAGAUGGACUACGACAACAGUCACGAUGAGCUAAAGCCUCACACUCCAACGGGCGAUGACGCCCCCGCGCCCCUCUCGACCUUGAAGCUCAAGCACACUGGCCCUCCCACUCCCAACGUCAAUAUCCUACCUAACCCGAUGGAGUCUGGUCCUGUGGCGGGCAAGGAGAGCGGCAUCAUGGACCCGGAGAAGUGGUGCGCUGUGUGUGAGCGCGAUGGCCAUGACAGCGUUGACUGCCCCUUUGAGGAUGCCUUCUAA